AAUAAAAAAUGCUACGAUUUAUUUAUCAAGGAUUCUCAACCUUAGUAAAAUAAAAUCCAUUAAAAAAUGGAUUUAGAUUUGAGAAUUAGAAUUUAACUUGGACAUUUGGUGAAUUUGAUGUAUAGAAUAAUAAUUAUUGAGAGACACAUUCAAAUGCAUUAGCUUAUGGAUUGAUUGAAUAAGGUUGGAAACAAGGAGAUAAGUUAUUACUUAUGCUUGGUAGAUCUAAUACAAGUGAAGCUGCUACUACAUUUGUUGGAGCAUCUAAAGCAGGAGUAAUAACAGUACCAUUUAGAUCCAAUGAUCCAAAAGAAAUUGAAAAGACCAUUAAUUUAGUCAAUCCUAAAGGAAUUGUGUUUUCACCAAAUCAACUCAUUGGAGAAACCAAAUUUAUUGAAAUACUUAAAACAUUAGUACCAGAAACAACUUAGAGUAUCUAUUAAAAUUAAUUUGUCCAAAGCAUAAUCAGGAGAAAGUCUCAAGAGUAAUAAAUUUACUAAUCUGAAAUGGUUAAUUCAUACUGGAUUUUACUCAUAUCCAGGCACCUAUAAAUUCAGAGUAUUAAAUACUAUUAAACCCAUUAGGAAUCAUUAGUUUAUGCCUCUAAAAACUUUAAUAGACUCACUCUUCCAACUGUUACAGGACCAAUUACUGCUAGAGUAUAAAAUGGAUAACUCUAAACCUAUACUUACUAAGACUUAAUUAAAAUGAGUGAAAAAGUAUAGGCAUCUAAACAUAUUAUCAUUUCAGGAGAUCCAUAAACUGUAACCAAUUUUAGUAUAGGUAAAAUAUAGAUCAUAAUAAUCUUAUAGUUGCUGGAGGAUUAGAAAGAGGAUAUAAUACUGUUUUAACUGGAGCAGAUAAACUUAAUAAAGUCUAAAACAUUCUUAAAUUUUAUGACAAUUAUAGUCUUGUAGUAGAUGAUUCAAUUCUUAGUGAAUAAUCAUAAGUAUCAUUUAUCUUAUUAUAUCAUUCUAGUCUGUUGAUAUAAGCAACCUUUAAAACUUAUUCACUGUUGGAGAUGUCAACAAGGCUUAAAAUUUGUUCCAAAAAUAAGCCAUCUAAAUUUGAUAUAAUAAUACCAAAUAAACACAAUUAUAUUAA